CCCGACUCCAUCUGCCGGCCGUACUCAAGAGCAACCAAGACCUAGGGCAGAAACUGUUCAAUUUUUCAGGUUUCAAAUUAUGGAUCCACUUCCAGAUUGGUCAGAGUUGCCUAAUCAAAUAUUGGAAUCAGUUUUAGAGAGACUAGAUUUGCUAGCAGAUUAUGUGAGAUUCAGUGUUGUUUGUAGAUCAUGGAAUUUCAUAGCUAAGGAUAAUCGAAAGAAAAGAGUUAAAAUGCCAUGUUGUCAUCCCCCUCCAAUGCUCUUGAUUAACACCGACAUUGGAGAUAUAUGGAAGGUCUACAACGUCACGGAUGACAAGCUUCUUGAUUUGCAAGUAAGAGUGCCCAAUACUCGAUUUUGUGGGUCUUCAAAAGGAUGGUUGAUAUUUGUGGAGAAUGAUUUUACAGUAACUCUAAUAAAUCCGUUCUUUAGGGUUAGAGGGAGGGUAGAAAAAGAAAAUUCUAUCAUUCAUCUUCCUCCGUUGCGACUCAUCAAAGAGAUAGAUAUGUCUAGAGUGAGACAUGAGCGUUAUGUUUACAAGGCUACGAUUUCAGCAGACCCAGUAUUAAAUGCAAAUGAGUGCAUUGUUGUUGUCAUCACUCAACCGGGCUAUCAGUUGGCUUUUAUUAGACUUGGUAAAGAUAGAGCUUGGAGUUAUAUUGAUGGACGCGCACGUGGUCGUGGAUUUGAUGAAGUCAUUUUUCUGGGAGGUAAGUUUUAUGGUGUUCGAAAUAAUGGCAGACUUUUAUCGCUCGAAAUUACUAGGUUCAGUUUUAAUCGAAAAUUAGCUGCACGCAGCCUUCGACGCGAUCACACCAUAAAGAGUUAUCUUGUGUAUUCAAAUAAGAAAGAAUUGUUGAUGGUUGAAAGACACAUUAGCUUUGAUCGGAAGAAUGACAUGCGUACAACAUCAAAAUUCAUAAUUUACAAAUUGAAUUUUGAUGAGUGUAAGUGGACCAAGAAAAACAGUUUAGGUGGUGAAACACUCUUCCUAGGUGAUAACUCUUCGUUUUCGGUAAUCUCUUCAAGUUUUCCAGGAUGUCUACGGAAUUGCAUAUACUUUACUCAUGAUUAUGAUUGGUUUAGAAGUAAAUUUGGGCCUCGUGGUCCUAAUGAUUUUGGUGUGUAUGAUGUAGAAGAUGAAAGCUUUCUAUCUAUUGACAGCACAAAGGCUUCAAUGCUAGUGAAGAUGAGUCUUCAACCAUCAAUCUGGAUUUUGCCAACGUUUCAGCUGUGA